UAUAAAGCAAGGAAACUGAGGUUACUGUCACAGUACCCAAAACACUUAUGAGCAGAAUCUCUAGUUGAUUUGUCACUACACAAACAUGUUACUUGUUAGGAGUGUCAGCCGCCUUCUAGUAUGUAAAAAUCAUCCAGUUCAGGGAAUUCAAUUUCACUUUGGUGCAAAACAUCAAUCGGGAUUACCUUCUAACAUGGAAGAGUUGGAUGCCCAAGAUCGGGUUGGAUUCUCAGCUAACAGACAUAAGGAUAUCAGUUUUGGGGUUGUUCAAAGUCAGACAUCUUCCAUGUUUGGGGGUUCCUUUAUGAGUGAUCAAUCAAGUCAAGGAGCACAACAACUAGAGAACUACGAAUGCCUUGGUUCCAUUAGCUUGAAUGCUGUGACACAGACUAAUGUGCCCCAACCAUUUUAUCCGAGUAUCGAAAAAGAAAAUUCUCCUCGAAUAAAUCUGCCAGAAAACUGCAUCAAUCAACAAAUUAAGUUUACUUCCAGUGACUUGCAGGAGACUCUCCACCCUGGAAGUAAUCAGAGUGUGCAAGAAGGAAUCAUGAAAAUUAGAGGUAACUGUUGGUAUUUGCAGCAUGGUUUGCACAAUGCAUGGAUACCUAACCAGAGCUCGGUGAGAUAUUAUAGCGAUGCUAAGGCACCUGAGUCAACUAAAACUAAACUGAAGCGAGCUGUUAAAGAUUAUGGCGCAACUGUCAUAGUGUUCCACGUCUUGAUAUCAGUUACAUCACUAAGCAUCUGUUAUGCAGCGGUAGCCAGCGGACUAGACGUACCUGGCAUGAUUUCCAGGAUGGGCGUGUCUAGUGAAAUGUUAAAUACAAGAUUGGCGUCAGGAGCGUCCACUUUUCUCGUAGCAUAUGCUGUUCACAAGCUAUUGGUGCCCAUUCGAAUCAGCGUCACCCUAGGAUGUGUUCCGUUUAUCGUGCGUUAUUUACGUAGAAUUGGAUUUUUGAAGAAUCCAUCUGCUUAAACAUGGGCAUUAAUUUUUGUACUGCCUACUUUUCGUAAUAAAUUCAUUUUCUACGAGA